CAGAGAAAUAUCGGCUGAGGGUGUAUUCACACAUCAGGUUUAUAUAGAAAGAAAAGGAAAUACAAGUCGUACCAUGCAGAAUAUUCUUCCUCUUUUAUUAUUUUAUACAAAUUCUCAUUCUUCUGCCACACAGACUAGACACCCGACUGCAGCGAUGUGCCCCCUCUGUGUCCUCCUCCUGUGUCCCCUCCGUGUCCUCCUCCUGUGGGCUCUUCUCUGUCCAGGCACAGGAAAUGUCCCGAGUGUUCAGGAGGAAAUAUUCACCCGGCCGGGAUCUGAUCUUCUCCUCCCCGUCAAUCGUCAUCUCACCCUCACCCAUAUAAAUAAAAUGAGAUGUGACCGGAUUGAAUGGAGAUAUAAAGACCGACCCAGACACACUGAAGCCAGAAUAUUUCUACACAGGGAAUGUACAUUGGAUAGAUAUAAGAUCGCACUCUUCCCCAAUAUGAAGAUAUCAGAGAAUGGAAGUCUCAUCAUAUCCAAUGUGACUCCGGAGAAUGACGGGAUAUACUUUGUGUAUAUAGAGAACUCUGUAGGACGCCAUAUACAGAGACAUUAUUACACCGUCCAUGUAGAAGGUAAGUCCACCCAACCCCCACCUCCAGUCCUAGCAGUGUCCUCCCCGCUCCGUGUCUUUAUAUCCAUACAUUAUAUAGGAGAAGAUCUGGGAGAGACGUAUGUACAAUGUCCUCUGAUUACUGCCCCAUCCUCACCAUUCCCUGUGGAUUCAGAUCUGCAGUGCUCAGCCCUCCUGAAGUUGCUGUGA